GAGAGAGAGAGAGAUGGGAUUGUUGAUUGGGGAGAUUAGCGACGUUUAAGCGCCUCGCCGCGUCUCUCCGCAUCACCUGCUCCGAGACCUAGGCAUGGACUACCAGACGCUCCUUAUGACUUUGCCCCGCAGGACGUGGCGCUCUGGACCCUCCAGGUGAAAUGGAUUGACUGUCUCCUUCGCACUCCGCGGAAGGUGCGGCUGGUUUGCGGCGCUCCACCAAGUUCUUCGCCGGAACCAGGGACGGUCGGGACGGCCCGCCCUGCGCGCAGGAGAGGAUUAUAGGACGGGAACAGCCGCUCCUCGGAGAUGAAAACACGUCAUCUGGACCUUCUUCAACGAGAUGAUGGACGAACAGAACGUGGAGCGCGACUUUAACCAGCGCCUUCAGAGAGCCCCGAGAGACGGGGCAGAGAGCAGGUAAAUGGAGUCCCAGGGCAGGAGUCGCUCCCCGUCCCGCAGGACCAGCCGAGUGGAACAGGUGGUUGGACGAUGGCUGAGACGGUCCAGAGACUUGGGCAGCAGGUCUCACUCUCUGAGCAGAGAUCGUGUUGCUGCGGACGGGAAAACGGGAGAAUCCAGCAGCGCCGAUCAGAGAAAUUACCCGUUCCGUUUCAACGUUCAGAUCCAAAAGGAUCCCGACCUCAAUUCCCAUGGCCUCACGCUUUCCAACCAGAUCCCCAUCCUGGUGCACGAGGUCACGCCAGGUGGUCCUGCAGAUGGCCGGCUCGUCCCCGGGGACCAGCUUGUGAAGAUCAAUAACGUCGCUGUCGAUGACUUGACCCCAGAGCAGGCAGCUGAAAUAAUCAGAGAGUGUCAAGACACGGACUAUGACUGUUCUCAGGAUCAUGCAUGUGAGUCUGCUGGUUUACACGAGUUAACGUAUUAA